AUGACUGCAAACGUACCCGACAAAGGAAAGACCCCCAAGGACAAACCUUUGCAAAUUGUAACGUUGUUUUCAGAUACUUCUUCUGAAGAGCAUGAACACGUAGCUACACAAAAUCCAGUUGAAAACAUUCCACCAAUUGGAAAUAGCCAGGAGAGCAUAUCUUCUAUACAAGAGGAGCAGCAGGCUAGGAAUAAUGUUCAGAGGAUGUUCCAGGAACUUCAAGGUGACAUCAUACGGUCUUUUGUUGCAAAGAGUAAGCGAUUUCAAAGGAAUACCAAUGCUUCUCUGAAAACCCUGAGUUUCAAACUUAAGCAUAUUGUAAAAACACAGAAAAAGAAAAGAGAUGAUAUUCAUUCUAAAUACUCUAAGAUACUUCUGCCUUUGUUUGAACAAUGGGAAAAUGAUGUGCAGAACUAUACAAAAGAAGAAGAAAAAUUUUUGAGUAUGUGUCAAGAGAAGGCAAAGAGUAUAUAUCAAGCUAGAAUGGCCCAGCAAAAUAAGUUUGAAGAAAGUAAAAAGUUUUAUGGCCAGCUUUUAAAGAGUAUCAAAGACAUGGAGGAGAAUAACAGAAAUAUUAUUAUUGGUGAAGAAAGUAAAGUGAAAAAAGAAAUGGACAACUUGAAAAAAGAACUCUUGAAUGAAACUCAACAUCAGGACAUGGAAAUGCUUGAAAAGUUCUUAGAAUCACUGCUACCUGAAAGUGAUGAAGAAAGAAUGUCAACCUAA